GAAAGACGAUACAACUCACUGGAGUGCAGAGCGCGCGAGAUCGAAGUACAGCUUUGCCGGACCCUAGACCAAAUUAUGAAUUAGCCGCAGUUAUCACCUGUGACUUUCGUUAAGCCACAGCUGCCACAAUGAGCGCGGACGGCCCGACGACCUCGGUGCCAGUGGCGCCGGGCUCGCGGCUGCACUUCAGCUGGGGCCUGGGCUCGGAGCUGCGACUGAUGGACGUUCAGGACCCUAGCACUCAGGAGGGCGGAGAGGGUGGCCACGCCACGCAGCUGUCGUGGGGCCAGGUGUCCGCCUCCAACCGCAUCAUCGCCUUCGGCACGGCGGAGCAGUACGCCGAGGUGCAGCGCAGCAGGCUGGCGGGCACGCGGGACGACGCGCACCUGGCCCGUGUGGCCGCCUACGCGCGCGCCGUGCGCGAGAGGCUGCUCAGCCUGAGGGACGCAGGCGCAGGAGGCGGCGGCGAGGCGGAGGACGGCGGGCUAUCGGCUCUGGAGGCGGCGCUGUGGCAGCUGCUGGAGCUGUUCUUCGUGGACGCCCCGCGCAACGACGGCAACCUGGGGGAGGAUUUUGUGUCGUGGCUGGCAGUGCACGGCGACGCGCUGGCGGCGCUGACGGGGCAGCCCACACUGGGCGGCCGGCUGGAGGAGCUCAAGGCCGAUGGCGCCGCCGCCGACGCCGCGCCCGACUACUGGCCGCUGCUGCGGCGGCUGGUGGCGCUGGGGCGGACCGGCCAGGCGCUGGAGCUGCUGGACUGCCACGAUGCCAAGCGGGCGGCUCUGGGCGGGGCCGCGGGCGCGGGGGCGCUUCAGCAGCCGGGGCUCAGGGCGCAGCUGGAGCUGCUGGACUGCCUGCACGUGCUGCUCAAGCGCCUGCCCCGCCUCGCGCCCUCCUCCUCCUCCGGAGCCGCAGCAGCAGCCGGAGGCGCCGGACAGGGCCAGCCGCAGCAGCACCAGCACCAGCAGCACCGCCGGGACGCCGCCGCGCGCGCCUACGGCAGCCUGGCGGAGUUCGGCGCGGCCCGGGCGGUGUGGCGGCGCGAGGCGGGCGACAUCGCGGCGGCGGAGCAGCUGUUCGCGGCGGCGGCGGCAGCCAGCAAGCGCACCGCGGAGGGCGUGCGCUCCGUGCUGGGCGUGCUGCUGGGCGAGCCCGCCGCCCUCCGCGCCGCCACCACCGACUGGCUGGAGGCGGCGGCGGCAGAGGUGGUGCACCGGGCCCCCGACGGCCUGGGCGCAGGCGGCGUGGGCGGCGGCGGCAGCAGCAACGGCGGCGGCGGCGUGGUGAGCGCCAACCAGCUGGGCGCGCUGCUGGCGGCGGCGCAGGCGGCUCGUGGCAGCGAGGGCGCCAGCGGGCUGCUGGACCUGCUGGCAGAGCUCCUGCAGGCGCUGUGUGAGGCGGACGUGGCGGGCGUGGUGACCGUGCUGUCCAACUCGGGCGUGGCCUCCGCCUGGCUCAUGGCGCACAGCCUGGAGCUCAUCGCAGCAUACGUCGCCGCAGGCGGCGCAGCCGCCGGAGGUGGCGGCAGCGCCGCAGGCGGCGCCAUUGUGCCCGCCGGCGGCGGCGCCGCCGCGGCCGGGGGCGGCGGCGGCGGCGGGCUGCUGAGCCGGCGGCUGGUGGUGAGCGGGUGCGACCUGAUGGAGUACUUCCGACUGGCCUGGGCGGAGAGUCUGCUGCCGGUGGGCGUGCUGGGCGGCGGCUGGGCGCUGGCGCUGGGCUACCUGGCCUGGUGCCCGACCCAUGGGGCGGCGGCGGCGGAGGCGCUCAUGGAGGCGCUGCCGGUUGACAGCCGUGACACACGGGGGCUGGAGAAGACACUGGCCGCCUGCCGCCGGCUGGGGCUGGGGGCGGCUGCGGCUGUGCUAUGCCGUGUGGCGGGCGUGGAUGCACUGGGGCGCGGCAUGCUGGGCGCGGGCGCGCAGUGGAUGGUGCGCGCCUCAGACCCGCGCCGCACCGCGGCCGCCCUGGCGCUUGUGGGUGGCGCGGUUGAGGAGGCGCUGAUUGCCCGCAUGGUUGGUGGCGGGGCUGUGGCAGCAGGGGGUGCAGCCAGUGGCGGGUCAGCGGUGGCCUCGCUUGGCGGUGCCAGCUACCGAGCUGGGGCGCUGCAGCUUCCUGGGGGAGAUGAGCUGGAGGCCCUGCUGGAGUGGCUGCCAGGAGGCAGCAGUGGCGGCGUGGCAGAGGAUGCUGGGGAAGGAGGCGCCACAGGCAGCAGCACAGCAGGGAGCGGGGGCCGCGGGCUCGCUGCGUUCCUGGUGGACGUGCUGCGCCUGAGCCGUGCUAUGGGUGCGCUGGGCGCAGCACGUGACAGCAACGCACCGCCGGAGGACGCCCGGGUCACCGAGGCGCUGUCUGCUGGGCGUGCUGCGCUGCUGUCCAUGGCACGGCGGCGCACGCCGCCCCGCCGCCUGUGCCUGCCCCUCCUCUUCUACUGCAUCCCGCUGCUCGAGGCCACCGCCGGCGGCGGCCGCCUGCUGAGCUCCGCGGACAUGCAAGACCUGCUCACGUGGGCCGGCGAGUGCGCCCGAGGUGGCGCGACGGCCCCGGGGGCCGCCUGGGCGGUGGGGCCGGACGGCGGGCUGGGCGGUGGGCCGGGGCCCAAGGGCCUGGGGGCGCUGGCGGCGGCGGCGGGUGUGCCGGAGCGCUACGCCAAGGACGUGCAGUUGGCGCUGGUGCGGGCGGUGGCGAGGUCGCAUGUGAUGGAGAACAGCGGGGGCGCGGGUGGGGCAGCGGCUGCAGGGGCGGGGGCGGGGACGGGGACGUUUGGGGCCUCCGGCCUGGUGGCGGGGGCCGCGGGGCGGCAGGUGGCGGUGGGCGGGCGGCUUUGAGGCUUUUCGGUGAGGCGGGCGUGUAGGCCGUGUGCGUGUGCUAAGUGCCAGGUGGGGAUGCGGCCCCAGCAGCCCCAGUGGUGGCGGGCGCCUGCUUUGAGCACGCUCAUGUUAGGUAUGGGUGCGGUUAGGCCGUCAGGGGUUGCAUUCACCCCGGGUGUGAACUCCCAUGCACUCUUUGCGGGACUAGGCAAGUUACUGGUGGGUGGGGCAUGACGAGAUCGGUCGGGCUGACAACGGCUUGGCGCACUAGUGCUGCAGCCCGCAGCCGUAAGCUGUCGGAAGAGCCUGCACACCUUAAGGCGCCCGUUAUUUAGGUGUCCGCCGCCCUGCCAUCGCUGUCUAAU